AGCCAGUUCUCAUCCAUUUCUAGAAGAAGACAAAGAAAAGAAACACUUGAAAGCAAAAAAAUUUUCACUUUCCCAUUCUCUCUCUGUUCUCGAUCCAAAAAAUCCAUCAUUGGAUCUCUUUGCUCACGUCACCAACUCACAGUAGAUCGCGUAGGUUACUGGCUGCAGCUUUCACUUGUCUGGAAAUCUCCUAUAUUAAAUCUGAGCUUUAUCAGAUAAAAUAAUGUUUAUAACAUAUAUUCUGGGCUAGCGUUUUUGAAAACAUUGAUAGACCUUUGCUUAUAAGGUGCUUGGACUUCAACACUUGAUUUGUUACUAGUUUGGAGAAUCUUGGAUCUUGAUUUGACUAUCAAUGGUUGAGAGAAAAGCAAUGGGGCGUGCUUCUCCAUUGCUUUUGAUUCUUUUGGUUCUUGGUUUUUUCUUUGCCACAUACAAUUUGAUUACCAUGAUAAUCCACAAUAGAUCUGUUGGGACAUGGAUGCAUGACGAUUCAAAUGGUGGUGUAUUUUUUGAUCCCGUUAUUGAAAUGCCUGUAUAUGCAAAGAAACCAAAGAAUGCCAAAAUUUCCUUCCAUGUUGCCUUAACGGCAACUGAUGCUCCUUACAGCAAAUGGCAGUGUCGCAUUAUGUACUAUUGGUAUAAGAAGAAGAAAGAUCUACCUGGGUCAGAGAUGGGAGGAUUUACACGAAUUUUGCACUCAGGAAAUCCUGACAACUUGAUGGAUGAGAUUCCUACAGUUGUGGUUGAUCCUCUUCCAGCAGGUUUGGAUCGGGGUUACAUUGUGCUAAAUAGACCAUGGGCUUUUGUGCAGUGGUUGGAAAAGGCUACAAUUGAAGAAGAAUACAUAUUGAUGGCGGAGCCUGAUCACAUAUUCAUAAAUCCUCUUCCAAAUUUGGCACAUGGAGGGUAUCCAGCUGCUUUUCCUUUCUUUUACAUUAAACCUGCUGAUAAUGAAAAAAUCAUACGGAAGUUUUAUCCAGAGGAGAAAGGCCCUGUGUCAAAUAUUGAUCCAAUUGGUAAUUCUCCAGUCAUUAUCAAGAAGGAAUUGCUGGAGAAAAUAGCACCUACAUGGAUGAAUGUUUCCUUGAAAAUGAAAGAUGACCAGGAGACUGAUAAAACUUUUGGCUGGGUGCUAGAAAUGUAUGCAUAUGCUGUAGCUUCAGCUUUGCAUGGUGUGCAGCACAUUCUUCGGAAAGACUUUAUGUUGCAGCCUCCUUGGGAUCGGGAAAUUGGAAAAAAGUUUAUCAUUCAUUACACUUAUGGAUGUGACUACAACUUAAAGGGUGAGCUAACAUAUGGCAAAAUUGGAGAGUGGCGAUUUGACAAGAGAUCCUAUCUACGGGGACCUCCACCAAAAAAUCUUCCCUUACCCCCUCCAGGGGUUCCUGAAAGUGUGGUAAACCUUGUAAAGAUGGUCAACGAAGCAACAGCCAACAUUCCCAAUUGGGACACUGAGUAGAUGUGUUCUUUCCAGGUGGUCAAGCCCCAUAUAACUUUAUUCUUGAGAUGGUUGAAAUUUUGAUCCAUAGCCAUUCAGAAAUUUCACUGUUUAGAAACCUCAGGCUAAUCACUUCAAAUUAAGGGAUAGCAUAAUAUAGGUAUAAAUUAAGGAAGUUCUUUUAUAUCUCAAUUUAGAACAAACACAGUAUAAAUUUUAUUCUUCCUUCAUUUGUGGCAGAUAAAUACAGCACACUCUCAAAUUGAGAGAGAAAUUUAUUAUAGUUGCUGGUUUUGAUCUAGUUGAGCUAGAUGGUUA